AAACCCAAAGAGAUUACCAAAAUAGAUAAAUUUAAAUUAAUCAACAAGAAACUAUCCUAUAAUUUAGUAGGGGUUGACACGAUCCGGUUCGGCUCUGUUAUUAUCUUUAUCAUCAUUUAAAACUUAUGAAAUAUUAAUUGAGGAAAACCUACCUUUGAUUCAAAUUUCAAUAAAUCCAGCUCUUGAUUUAUUUAUUCACAAACCAAGUUCAAAUCAAGCCCUUAAUAUAGUAAAAAAAUAAAAAUUUACCAUUCCACAUAAUAAAUACAAAUCCAAACCUCUUGAUUUAAAAAUAAAAUAAAAAUUAGCGUAAUAAAGAAAGAAGAGUACAUAACCAAAUCUUAACCGUUCAUCUGUUCGUCCUCUCCUGACGUGGACACCAUCCAGACCCUUGAUUGUUCCACCAAUCACCGCUCUAGUUAGCAAGCACAAACCUCUCGGCUAUCUGUCGAUUUUACUGUUAUACCCCUCGCGUCCUUACUACUUCUAGGCCAAGAAAGGGUAGCUUUGUCCGAAAGAGUUUCUCACUUACAGACCCCAAUUAUUUGACCUCCCGAUUCAACUCUCAAAGACCCAAAAUUAUCACUUACGAAGAAAGAAAGAAAGAAAAGCGUCCUUUUGCCUGAAGCUCUCUCUCUUCACUUGGCGUGGCGUGCAUGCUCUGAAGCUCUCUCUCUUCGCGCCCUUUUGCCUUCCUCUAGUCCUGGUCACGGUCACGAAGCUCUCAUUGUGCUCUUCUCUCUCUGCAAGUUCGCCAUUUUUGCUGCUUGUUCAAUCUUUUGGUGCUCAUGGACUAUAACGCACCUGUAGCAAAGAGGACGCGGUUAAGUGAAGAGAAAUACUGGAAGGAGUUAUGGGAGAAAAGGGCUGGGAAACAAAAACUCCGUGAUGGGUCUGAUAAGAAGGGGAAAUCACGUAAAGGGUCCAAUGUAUGGGAUUGUGUCUCUGUGGAUGACUCUGAGGAGAAUGAGGAAGUCACUGUCAGUCUAUCCACGGGAGUCAAGGACAAGAAAAAGGGUGGGAAAAGAAAAUCUGCUGAGGGGUCUAAGAAACAGAGGUCUGGUUGUGAUGAUUCUGAUGAGGGUGACGAUCCCAGUGUUGAAAUCAUCAGUGAAAGUUCAUUUGGAAAGCAAGACAAUGAGUCUCUGGGUUUUGAUAGUGUUGAGAGUGCAGGAUCAAAUGGAAAGAAGUCUAACUCUGGUGCCGUGGACAUGGAGAAUUUUUUUCCAGUUGAAGUGGAGGAUAGUGAUGAUGAGGUGGUGUAUUUGGGUGAAGAGAAAGUAGGAGGUUUUGGUUGUUUGAGUUCAGAGAGGAGUGAUGCCUGUGAGGAUGCUGCUUCUGAUGGCGACGCUGAGGAUGCUGCUUCUGAUGGCGACGCUGAGGAUGCUGCUUCUGAUGGCUCAGAUGAAUCUUGGAAGAGUAGUUCUAGGGAGGAUUCUAUUUUUCAUGCCUCAGAUGAAUCAGAUGAUGAGGCUUUUGAACCAGAAAACUCAGAAAGUUCUGUAUUUUCUGAGUCGUUGAAUUCAUGCGGUGAAGAGGGGCAUGAUGAUGAAAGAGAGGUUACCAAGAGAAGUGGGAAACCAAGAAAGGGGAAAAAUGUUGAGGGUGAUGUUGAGGUGAAGAAGGGGCAGGACAUUGAUGCUAGUGAGAUUGCAAAAGGAAGUGGGAAAGCAGAAAAGGGGAAAAGUGUUGAGAUUGGUGUGAGGAGAAAGAGAAGGGUUGGGUUGGAUAUGUCAGUUGAUGCAGAUGAUGACAUUGAUAGCAACAAAGAUGAUCCUAUUCAUUCUGCUCAAGAGUUUAAUAGUGUGGCAAAACGAACUCGUUCACGAGUUAGUCCAAGAAGUGAAAAGAAGAGAAUAGAAUCUGUAACUGUAAAUGAUAAUGAGGAUUCUUCUUCUGGGCAUGAUAAUGACAAUGAGGAUGUUGAUGACGCCAAUUGCAGUGGUCCAAGAACUAGGUGCCACGAAAAGAAAACAGGGUCUGAUGAUGAUAGAAGAAAUUAUGAAAGUGACAAGACCUAUGGUGGUAGUUCAGAAACUGAGCGUAGUAAAUGGAACGAUGUCCACGGAGUGUGCAAGAAAAAUAAAAGGGAUAUCGGGAAUCUUACUAACAGACGGUCCAUGUGGGCAAAGGAGGAUUGCAAUGUUUUAAAGAUUCUUGUAGAUUCCAUUUAUGAGAAGGGAGAAGGGACACUGAAAGGGUCAGUUUCCUUUGGAGAUGAAGGCCGUAAAGAUGAAAGAAAUCCACCAGAAUCUGAGAUGACAACUCUUCCACUUAAGUUCAGUUUUGGAGAGCAGUCAACUGUACCAAAGAAGUCAGAGUGUGAUCCAGAAGAAAAAGAACUAUGGGACGACCUUGAAUUUGCUCUCAGAGCUUCUGAGAUAGAUUCCUCUGAUUCCAAUGUGGUUGAAAGUCAAGAUUCACUCCCUAUUGCUGAUGAAGUUGAAACAGUAGCUAGCCUCUGUAGGCGAGGGGUUCAUCAGCUUAUACUUGAUGAAGAGAUUGGACUCAGAUGCAAGUUUUGCUCAUAUUUAGAUCAGGAGAUCAAGUAUAUUUUACCAGACUUCCUUGACUGCCCUUAUGGAAGAUUUGGCACAAGAGGCUCCGAAACAGACAACCGGUCUAUCUUUGAUGAGCUUCAAUCUCAUGCUUCUGAUUCUGAUCGCCAUUCUGGCUAUAAUUCUCAUCCUCAUGUUGACGGCACAGUGUGGGACUUAAUUCCUGGUGUUAAAAGUAGUAUGUAUCCCCAUCAGUGUGAAGGUUUUGAGUUUAUCUGGAACCAUAUAGCCGGUGGCAUUCAUCUUGACAAGUUGAAAAGGCCAAGUAGUGUUGGUGGGAAUGGAUGCAUCAUAUCACAUGCUCCUGGAACAGGCAAAACUCGCCUGACCAUUGUCUUUCUCCAGACAUACAUGAAGUUAUUCCCAGAAUGCAGGCCGCUUUUGAUUGCUCCUCGUAGCAUGCUCCUUACGUGGGAAGAGGAGUUUAAAAAAUGGAAGCUUGACAUUCCAUUUCACAAUCUUAACAACUGGGAGUUAUCUGGCAAAGAAAAUCAAACAGCUGUAAAUUAUGUGAUGCAAGCUCAACGCAGGAAAAGUGUCAACAUAGAAAGCAGACGAAUGCUGAAGUUGUAUUCCUGGAGAAAGAAGAGAAGCAUCCUGGGGAUUAGUUACCGGCUGUUUGAGCAGCUUUCUGGAGCACAGAAAACUGGCUCAGUUGACGAAAUGGGGAAAAUCCUUCUCGAGUUUCCUGGUCUUGUAGUGUUUGAUGAAGGACACACUCCUCGGAAUGAUCAAAGUCAUAUGUGGAAGGCUUUGUCAGAAAUCAAAACAAAAAGGCGCAUUCUUCUCUCUGGAACUCCGUUUCAGAAUAAUUUUCAGGAGCUCUUCAAUACCAUUUGCCUCGUGAGGCCAACUUUUGCAGCCUCGAUUGAGUCUACUAAAUUCAGUAGAGAUCUUCCCAGAAACCGAGGCCGGAAAAGCAAUGGAGAGAAAUGGAAAUGGACUUCUCUGGCCAGCAGUAGCGGAAAAGUUGUUGAUGACAAAGAAAAACAUGCUACAGAGGUCAAAGCUCAGAUUGCGCCGUUUGUCCACGUCUACAAAGGUUCUGUGCUGCAAGAUAGUCUUCCCGGGUUAAGGAACUCAGUUGUUGUUUUACACCCAACCCAGCUACAGGAGAGGUUUCAUAAGAGAAUUCAAGUGGUGAAGGAACUGUUUCGAUAUGAAAACCUAGAGGCUUUAAUAUCUUUUCAUCCUUCCCUCUUGCUUAAGGAAGAUGCAUUUUCUGCUGACCAGGGGAGGUUACAAGAGCUUAAAUUAAAUCCUGAUGCUGGAGUGAAGGCAAAAUUUGUGAUGGAACUCAUCCGACUCAGUGAUGCUUUGAAAGAAAAAGUUCUUGUUUUCAGUCAGUACAUUGAUCCCUUAAACCUUACAAGGGAUCUUCUGAAAUCUCAAUUUCAGUGGACUGAAGGGGAAGAGGUGCUGUAUAUGGAUGGAAAAAGUGAUAUGAAGCAGCGUCAAUCCUCAAUGAAGGUUUUCAACGAUCCAUCUAGCAAAGCCAAGGUAUUACUAGCUUCAACUAAAGCAUGUUCUGAAGGCAUAAGCCUUGUUGGAGCUUCCAGGGUUGUGUUGCUGGAUGUCACAUGGAAUCCAUCUGUGGAGAGGCAAGCAAUAUCCCGUGCCUACAGGCUGGGACAGAAGAAGGUUGUGUUUGUCUACCAUCUCCUCAUGGACGGAACUAACGAGGAGCACAAAUACAGUCGCCAAGUUGACAAGAGUCGUUUGUCUGAGUUGGUGUUUUCUGAUUCAGACAAGAAGAAGGUUCUUGAGAAGGAAAUCCGAGCCACAGUUUCUGAGGAUAAAAUCUUGCAAGAGAUGGCUCAGCACGGGAAACUGAAGCACCUAUUUAAAAGCAUAGCUUUACUGCAUGAAGACAUAUACUUUGAGCAGCUAGGCCUGUCAACUUUUGGUUAAGACACAGGCACACAUUGCAACCCAAUGACUGUUUUCAACACUUGGUUCAAACAUAUUUUGCGCACUUCAUGGUUUCUUAGCUCCCAAAUAUAUUUAUGCAUUGCCUUGCCUCCAAAUUAUUGUUUUGGAUCUCUAGAGAGGUUGAAUUUUUCUUUUCAGGGAUUUUUUCAAAAUGAAUAUUUUGUUUCCUAAAUAUCGAUUUUAUAUCGUCUUGGAGUAUAGUUAAAGAAUACAUUUCCUGACCUCUCUCGGAGACUA